AUGCCUAUAAUCUCUGGAAGCAGCGAGCAAGACUACAGCAACCUCAGCUAUACAUCCAGCAGUACCCUAAACCACUUCUUCCCCAUUGCUGUUGAGUCUCAGCCAGAGAAGGGGGUGAGGUACCAGAGGGCACAACAGAUUUACGACCCAGAUGAGCUCUACUCAACCGACUUGAAACGUGAGAUCAUCAUCAACGUUGGAGGCAACAGGUAUCUUCUACCAUGGAGUACGCUGGACGACUUUCCCAUGACCCGGCUGGGUCGGUUGAGAUUCUGCAGCAGCUACGAGGAGAUCAUCCAGAUCUGCGACGACUUUGACGAAGACACCAAUGAGUUCUUCUUUGACAGGAACCCCUGUGCCUUCAGCAUGAUUGUCAGCUUCUUGGCGGCCGGUAAGCUGCGCCUCCUGCGGGAGAUGUGCGCCUUGUCCUUCCAGGACGAGCUGGCCUAUUGGGGCAUCGAGGAGUCCAACCUGGAGCGUUGCUGCCUGCGGAAACUCUUCCAGAAGCUGGAGGAGCUGGCGGACAUCCAAAAGCAGGAGGACGCACAAAGAACCCAUGAGACCAUCUGCGUCCUGGAUGACCAGUCAAGGAUGGGACAUUGUAUGAACAAGUUGCGGGACAUGGUGGAGAAUCCACAGUCCGGAUCCCGGGGAAAGUGUUUGCGUGCCUGUCCAUCCUGUUUGUGGCCACCACCGCCAUCAACCUGUGCAUCAGCACCAUGCCGGACCUGCGGGAGGAGGAGGACAGGGGGGAAUGUUCGCAGAAAUGUUACAACAUCUUCAUCAUUGAGACAGUGUGCGUGGCUUGGUUCUCUCUGGAGUUCCUUCUCCGUUUCAUCCAGUCAAAGAGCAAGUGCCAGUUCUUCAGGGGGCCCCUGAACAUCAUCGAUGCAUUGGCCAUCUUGCCCUACUAUGUGUCUCUCAUCGUAGAGGACGAGCAGAAGUCUGAGGACAAGCCUGGGGGCAACUCAUACCUAGAGAAGAUCAGCCUGGUGCUGCGGGUCCUACGUGCCUUGAGGAUACUCUACGUCAUGCGUCUGGCCAGGCACUCGCUGGGGCUGCAGACAUUGGGCCUCACCGUCCGGAGGUGCACUAGGGAAUUUGGGCUCCUCUUGCUCUUCCUAUGUGUGGCUGUCACCCUUUUUGCCCCUCUGGUCCACCUGGCCGAGAACGAGAUGGGCCGCUGCCAAGAGUUUACCAGCGUGCCAGCGUCCUACUGGUGGGCCAUCAUCUCCAUGACCACUGUGGGCUAUGGUGAUAUGGUGCCCCGCAGUAUCCCUGGGCAGGUGGUGGCCCUCAGCAGUAUCUUGAGCGGGAUCCUGAUUAUGGCCUUUCCUGCCACUUCCAUCUUCCACACCUUCUCCCGCUCCUACUCUGAGCUCAAACGGGAACAGGAGAGGCUCCAGAGCCGGCUACUGAGGGUGAAGGAUGCCAAUCAAUCCGGAGAGAGCGACACCUUCAAUGACACGGAUAGCUUGGUGUCUGAGGAGACCUACCAGUACUUCUACAAUGGGAAGUGA